ACUUGACCUUGACAUCCACGUAGGACUAGCUAGCGAGUACUGCUUCCAGCAGGGCUCAGAAUCUUAUACAAGAUGCCACUUUCCCGAACUAGUACAGCCAGUGGACGUUCGCGGUCUCGCUCACCAGCUCAACCUCCACCACCUGUCCUACAAUCUCCUCGGCAAUAUCUACCCCCCUCCCACUACGCUGAAGCUGGUGGACUCACCGCUUCUGAGAAGGGCAAGUACAACAAGGAUAACAACAGCGAGCAGCACUGGCAGGGAGCCCCGAGGUCAAAACAUGCAGCAUAUCUUUCUCCCCGUUCGACCGCAUCGAACGACGCCAUCGAAUUUCAGUCCAACUCUCCGCAGAGCAACUCAAGAUCACCAGAGAGUCGGCAAAAGCGGGAGAGUCAGAUCUUGAAUUUGCCAUUGGUGGAAUCACAACUUCUACCCUCUCUGCGAGAUACAAUUGACCGCAUGACACGGCCACCUUCGCGAGCUCACUCAAAGGCCGGACCAACGACUCCAACCUUCAAGAUAUCUUCUGAAUUUGAUUCUGUCUGGCCAGUGGCAACCUCUCGUCCUCACACCCCCCAAUGUCACUUGACUUUGAAGCAUACAUCCGAAGAAUCUCUUUCAGUUUCAGAACCUUCGACGCCUAAACCAACUCAUUCGACGCCCAAGUCCGUGCUGAAGUCGGCGUUACGUUCUCCUAAUCCCAGAGGCAAGCCAGAACAUACAGAGGUCGUAACAUCGCCUAGUGGUUCUGGUGUCACCUUGAAAUCUGUCAGGAGCUUGUUGAGACGGAAGUCUUCAGCGCUUGGCACUAUCGAGAGCCCCACAAAAGUCGAGUUCAAGGAGAACAAGCCUCCAGAAUCCUUCUCUGUUGUUCGUGCACCAGGCAGAAGCAGAUCCCGAACGGAUCCUGGCUCCCGUACCCCCACGAUCAAAAGCUCGGAAGACGUCCCUAUUCCACUCCCAAACACCCCCCAACCCACAAGUUCGUAUGAAUCGAGAUCGUUUACGUCUAACAUCCCACGCCUCCGAGGCAAUCACAGUGGAGGGUCACGAUCUGCCUCUGCGGAUGAUUCUGAUUUGGAGUAUCGUCUCGAACUGGAGGCCAGACAGUAUCGAAGAUUAACGGUCAUCAAUGCAAAAAUUCCUUCGUGCACCUCAAGUUCAGAAAGCGAGGUAGAGUCGAUCGUUCUGUCUCCAGCAACAGAUCUGGGCGAGCAAGGCACAACAGGAGAGAGGAUUGUUGGACUUGGGUUGGACUUCAUGGAUCUCAAACGAAAUGCCGAUAUGGACCUCGACGUCCACGAAACAACUACGAAGCAUUUCUCUAUGAACACAUACGCCUCGGCUGGCUCGAUAUAUACAGACGAGGAAACUGAAGAGAGUGUUUUUGACACGGGAAUCGACCCUACACAUCAAUCCAGUCAAUCCCUGGCCUCUCUAGAUACGAACCACAAUCGACGCCGCGAGACCCUGUUGGGACUGGUUCGCGGUUUGCAUCGAUACCACACCCCCCAACACCCAGUCAUGAGCGGCGAUGAAAGUGAAUAUAACGGGGAACCAGGCUUAGCUAUAAGCAGUUCAGGCGACGUUCAGAUUACGAGUGUCAACACCGGAGUUCAAGAGGACCGUAUUACCCAGGUUGAAGAAUUGGAAUCGGAAGUUGAGCAGGAGGGUUUUGAAAACGAAACGAACCUUGAAGGGCCUAGUCAUCGGCUCAGUCGAAAUCCGGCUCACGGUCUGUCUUUUGGCCGUCGUCCAGGUCAAUUUUCCCCACUACCUUUCAAACCCUCGAAUUCGCCAAAAACUGAGACCGAAAGCAAGCGACCCAACAAAUCCUCCGGUCUCAUAGACGGCAAUCCUCUGAAAGCCACUGCAACUUCCAGUUCCAAGAGGAAGACAUCUCGACAUGAGCAUGGUUCUCGAUCUCAAGCUAACCCUCCCUCUCCACGCAAUCUAGUUCCUCAACCUCAACCUGUUGUACGAGACUCAUUCAAUAGUUUUGAGUCCGUCGUUAUUGCCAAAAAGUCGCGAGAAGCCGUUGCCCGCGGUCGCGAAGCAUUUGGUAUACCACCCUCGGAGUCGGACGAAGUUUACCACGCUUCUCCUAUUUCGAACAGCGAACGUCAGGCAAAUGUCGCAACAUUGCCCCAUAUCGACAGUGUUGGAUCAAAUAUCGACGGUGACAGCUGGGAUAACGAUAAAAACAACGGCCAGUUGAGUGUGGGUGCUGAAGCUUUAUUUCGGGAAAUCGGGGGCGACUGUGGUGGAGGACGCUGGGAUGCGAAAGGGAAAGUUGACACAGGCAAGCGCCCUUCUAGUACGAAACUGAACUCAGACGAAGUCGAGCCUCAUCGAAAAUCGACUGAUCGUACUCAUUCCCGCACCGUAUCACCUUCGCGGGAUGACCACAGCCAAACUCGUGAAGGCAACAGCGUCAAUAACCAUAGGCAACGCGAAAUUCCGUCUCGCGGAUUAUGGAGAUCUACCAUAUCCUCCUCCACCUACUCUUCACUGCUUCGUCAGCAUGGAGAGCGAGAAAUGAAACGGCAGGAAAUCAUCUGGGAGCUUUAUCGGUCGGAGUUGGACUUCGUUGAGAAGUUAGGUUCCGUGGUCAAGUUUUUCAUCCUCCCCCUUCGUAUCCAGAACAGUAAGACCUGGAUAUCCGGCGUUCCUCUCGAAAUCUCAAAGAUUUUUGACUGGCUGGAGGAUAUUGUGACUUUACAUACCCAGAUUCGGGAUACUUUGACUGGUAUCCAGGCAGCGAAGCGGCCGGUAGUAGACUUUGUGGCCGAGUCCCUCCAUGGGUUAGUGCACAAGCUGGAGAUCUACCAGCCGUACUUGGUCAAGAUUGACGGUGUCUCGGUGAUGCUGCAGCGACUCUUGAAUGACUUGACUAGUGACUUUGGGGAAUUCGUGACAAUCCAAGAGAACAAGAUAGGAGACGAAAAUCGCCGAUUGAAAAACGUUUUGCAGGAGCCUGCGAAAAGGCUUGAGCUCUAUCCUGAUAUCUUCAAAGUGCGUCUCCGUGAUUUUAGUUCCGUCUAUUUGCCUAUUUUGCAAUGGUCAGCAACUCCUGGAGGUUACACCCAUGUCCCAUCUUGACUAUUUCUCUACGCUGGUUCUCGUGCACUCUACAAACGCCGUCGUUAAAGCUCUUACCGAAGUCAAGGUCAGAGAGAACGAAUACGCAUACAUCAAGGAUCUCUCUGAACGGAUUUGUGGUUUACCUCACGGGAUUGGAAUACCACACCGGGAACGUCGUCUGCUUUGUCAAGGACAACUCAAUCUGGUUCAAAGCUCAACAUAUCGAUCUUCGCCUACGCUCGGAAGGCCUCCUUCUCGUGUGCUACCUUCUAGCCCAAACUCUGGUUCUACACGUACGAGUCGUCUUGCAAGUGCUAUACAAGAAUGGAACACUGAGAGAGCAAGAUUUGGGUCCAAAACCUCGAUUGAUACUACUUCAACUUAUACAGACAUUCCCAAGUCACCACUUUCUGAACAAUUCCCUUCAAGAGAUAGACCUCUUCAUCUUCAAGAGAGAUUAACACACAAAUCGAUGCCUCCCGGCACCAGUAUUCAAGCUUUCUUGUUCUCUGACUUGCUCGUUCUGACCCAGCCCAGAACUUGCCGUUCAUCAUCAAAGACUCGGGAAAGGCGUGAUUAUGGUAGGGAACGCUGGAACCUUCUUGAGGAUAUUGGGUUGAGUAGGGUUCUCGACGUGUUGGAACCGGGAGCUUCUGACGAACCUGAUAGUUUCACUCUCGAGAUUCUACCGAUAGGGAGUUCUGACUCGAAUAAACCGCACGUGCGAACAGUCUGCCUCGAUUUUCCUAAAGGUUCAGAAGUAGACGCGUCGACCGGACAAACUUGGAUACGCAGUUUACGCCAGUCGUCGAGAUUCAGUAUCCUUGCAAUGUCUGAUCCUGACAGAGGAGAGCGUUAUGUGAAAUCGCUUAACGAUACAUUGGAUAAAGAUUUGUUGCGUAUUCUGGACAACAUCACCGCCUCGGGCCUUCCUGUCCCGAAGAGCCCUUCAAUGCAGUUGGAUGAUGUGGAAAGUGACCUUGUGAAGUUGGAGCGAGAGGAGCGGGGUUGGUGGUCUAUGAGGUUCCGGCAGGUAUUGAAAGAGAUUCAGUUCGAAGAAAGAUACAGUCAUAGGAUGGUCGGAUAAUACAAGCAUAUAAAUGUUUAAAGUUACACUUACAACCCUUCAGACUUUCGAUGUCAUCCACUCGA